AUGGCCGAGUCCAAUGCCGCACCCAAAGCCGCCCGGAACUUUGACAAGACCUUCGAAGAAGAAAAGGCGGCGACGAGAUGUCUCGUUGAUAUGAAGACCAUCCAGUUGAAUGCUGAGGACCUUUACGAUCGCGAAAAGGUCGACCUCGAACAGGUAGAGCUUGAAGACGUUUGGCAGCUGUUGCAUCCCAGGCGAUAUCGUUGCUUUCAAGGUGGGUUCAUUCAUUCGGCCGUAUUAAUUAUCUACUCUUUGCUGGGUUUUCUGAUUGUCCUCUUUGUCCAGAUCGGUGAUGUGGUGCCCGGAGAUUGUCGUCUGUACGACGCAAUUAAUGUCAGCAUUGACCAAGCGGCCUUGACUGGCGAAUCCCUCCCAAUUUCAAAAGCAGUCGGCGAUCAAUGCUUUUCGGGAUCCAUCUGCAAGCAGGGCGAGGCCGAGGGUAUCGUUAGUGCUACCGGUGCAAACACUUUUUUCGGACGAGCAGCCACCCUGGUUGGUGCAGAAAAUGACUCGACUGGACACAUGCAAGCGGUUUUGGCCAAGAUCGGAGGUUUUUGUCUUGUCUCCAUUGGUAUCGCAAUUGCUCUUGAGCUUAUCGUUCUUUACGGGGCGUUCCGCUACUCUUACCGCCGGGGAUUGGACAACAUCCUCGUGUUACUCAUUGGUGGUAUCCCAAUCGCUAUGCCCACCGUAUUAUCGGUCACUCUCGCGGUCGGCGCUCAACAGCUCGCGAAGUACAAAGCCAUUGUCACCCGUAUCACUGCCAUCGAAGAACUCGCGGGUGUUACUAUCCUGUGUUCUGACAAGACCGGCACUCUGACCACGAACAAGCUCACGAUCGACAAAUCUACCAUCAAGACCUACUCGGAUGUCGGACCGGAAGAUGUCUGUGUUUUGGCCUCGUACGCUUCCCGGAUUGAGAACCAGGAUGCUAUUGAUGGAUGUGUGGUUGGCACUGUCGGAGCUGAUGUGGCGCGUCGAGGGAUCAAACUCGUGGACUUCAAGCCAUUCGAUCCAGUUUCAAAACGAACAGAGAUAACCUACAUCGAUAUUGCCACUGGGGAAAUGCGCCGAGUAACCAAGGGUAUGACCGGAAAGAUCAUGGACCUUUGCACCUACAACAAGACCGAUGCAAUUGAACACCAGCUCGAAGCCGACGUUGAAGAGUUUGCCCGUCGAGGUUUGCGGGCCCUGGCUGUUGCUUACGAAGAUGUCCCCAGUGGCGACGCCGAAGGACCUGGAAGUGGAUUCCAACUCGUUGGCCUCUUGUCCAUCUUCGACCCUCCCCGUGACGACACCAAGCAAACCAUCGACGACGCUGUUAGCCUUGGACUCAGGGUCAAGAUGGUCACCGGUGAUCAACUCGCCAUCGCAAAGGAAACCGGACGACGAUUGGGUUUGGGUGACAACAUGUUUGCGUCCAAGGUGCUUAAAGAGGGCCCCCCACCUGGAAGCAAAUUCUCAUCGUUGGACAGUAUGAUUAUCGAUGCCGAUGGAUUUGCUGGAGUGUACCCCGAGCACAAGUAUGAUAUUGUCAAGAAAUUACAGAGCCUGGGUCACAUGGUUGCCAUGACCGGUGACGGUGCCAACGAUGCUCCUGCUCUCGCCCGUGCCAAUGUCGGAAUCGCCGUUGAGGGUGCUACCGAUGCUGCCCGAGGAGCUGCGGAUAUUGUCCUCACCGAGCCCGGUCUAUCAACCAUUGUCCAUGCCAUCCGCCAGUCGCGAAUCGUCUUCCAGCGCAUGAGGAACUAUUCUAUCUACGCAUGCGCUGUUACCAUCCGGAUCGUUGUUGGCUUUGCUAUCAUGGCUUUUGCCUUCCAGUUUGAUUUCCCCCCCUUCAUGGUCCUGGUCAUCGCUAUCUUGAACGACGGAACCGUCAUGACUAUUUCCCUCGAUCGCGUCUUACCCAACAACGAACCUGAUCACUGGGACCUGGCUGAGAUCUUCACAUACGCCGUCGCAUAUGGCCUUCACCUCGCUUUGUCAACCAUCCUCCUGUUUGUGGUCAUCGUCAACACAACAUUCCUGGAGGACAACUUCGGCCUGUCUCCCUUGAAAGAUGCCAAUGACCCACAGUUGCACAUGGUCAUCUACCUUCAAGUCGCUAUUAUCUCGCAAGCCUUGAUUUUCGUCACCCGCUCUCACAGCUGGUUCUUCAUGGAGAGACCCUCUUUGGCAUUGAUUGGCGCGUUUUGCAUUGCUCAAACCGUUGCCUCGCUGUUGGCGGUAUUCGGAACAAUGGAAUUCUCAGCCGUACAGGCCAUCCCAUUGUCAUGGGUGGGUGUGGCAUGGGCCUGGAACUUGAUCUGGUUCCUCCCAAUGGACCUCAUCAAGUUCGCGACUCGUGCCGUACUCAAGAAGUUCCGAUCCCGACAAUUGAAACCCGUGGCCGUAGAGGCGAACGCGCUAGCCCGUCAAUCCAGUGCCGGUUCCCUCUACAACAACAGGAUGAGUUUCAUCCAACGUGCUGAACACUCGCAAGCGGCCCGACGAUCCCUGCACGGACAAGUCAAGACGAGCGAACGCGAUCUACGCAGAUUUUCUUCGGCUCAAGUUGUCACCUCUGGCGCAGCACUCAAACACUCUUGA